GCAGGCUCUGUGAAGCGCAGCGCACGAGGACGGCGAGGAGCGUUUCCUAGCAACGGGGGAGCGGCAACGUCACGGCGGCUGGUUCUAAGCGCCGCUGCCUACUGUAGAGUCGGUGUGUGUACCUUCCGGCACCUGCGGGCUGGAGGGAACGCUUCUCACAGCCGUGUCCGAACGUUCUUCGUCUGUCCUUACCCGCUUUAUCCUGCCCCAGGUCGCGGAGAACAGCCUCCCGCCGCGACCCGCCUCUGAGGCCCGGGCCUUCUGGGCUAGAGGCGGUCCGGUCGGUUCCCGCUGGCCCUCGCCCCCCGCGCCCGUGGAGCCAGCCAGCCGCCCGCGGCCUCGGCGGGACGAUGCUGGAGUCCAUUCGCGUGACGGAAAAGCUUCACUGGCCUGAGCAAGAACUUGCGAAGAAGUCUGUUCUAAAUGCAGAAGAGUCAUUGAUCAUUGACAGCAAAAGAAGCAUUUCACAUUUAUCUUCUGGGAUACUAAAGGACAUUUUCACAACUGGAACCAGUAGUUACAAUGUCCUACUACAGAGCAAAGAGGAGAAAAAGCAUUAUUCACAAAAACAGUCUUCUUCCACCUACUCCAAAAGAUGUAGAAAACCCAGCAAAUCUCCUAGUUCUUCUCGUAGUAAAGAUCUUCACAAGAUGAAAGUCCCAGUGCCUGUGAUGAGCAGUGGUACUUGGUACUGCCUAGAAAGGCAGCCUGGUGUUUUUGUCACUAGUUCAGUGUCGAGUCCCAUAAAGUUUACACAUGAUAUCUCUGUUACAGGGAACAGCAUAGUACUGCCACCUAAACCCAAAAACAAGGUAAAGCGACGCCAUUUCUCUGCUCUGCCAAAGCCAAAGCUGCAGCCUCAGUUGUCUAGAAGUUUUGAAAAAGGAGAUGACUUUUCUGGGAAGAAAUUUUGUAUACUGACUGCUAUAAAGCCCACCAACCUGGAGAAAGAGAAACUGAGAUUCUUCAAAUCUGACUAUACCUACAAUCCUCAGUUUGAAUAUGCAAACCCAUCUCUGCCAAGUGUGUUAGCCAAACACAGCAAUGCAUCUGACAGAUUUCUUAAACAGUCCAUCAAUAUUAUGGAACUGACUUUACAGAAAUAUGGAAGUUAUGAAAAAUUUGAGCAGGCCACUGGUGGCAGCCUGCUAUCUAAAACUCGAAUCUGGAGUCAUGUUCGGAAGUACAUGAUGAAGGAAGGCUGCCUGGGUGAGAUCGUAGUUCAUCUCACUGAAGACCUGCUUUCCCGAGCUUCAAUGACAGUGGUAAAUGGGUGCCCAACAUUGACCAUUAAUGUUUCCACGGCACGUGAGCACUGGCUGGAGGGAAUGCUGAGGCAUGAAAUAGGCACACAUUAUUUUCGAGGUAUUAACAACCUUCAGCAGCCAUGGAACAGUUGGACUGGCCGCAAAAAACAUGAGCUAAAGCCAAACAAUCCCACAGAGGAAGGACUGGCAAGUAUUCACAGUGUCCUUUUUAGAAAAGACCCCUUUUUAUGGAGGGCUGCCCUCCUCUACUACACUGUUUAUCGAGCCAGCCAAAUGUCUUUUUGCGAACUCUUCAAAGAUAUUGGAAAGUUUGUCAAGGACCCCAAUACAAGAUGGGAUUAUUGUGUACGAGCCAAGAGGGGAUGGACUGAUACUUCCCAACCAGGGUGCUUCAGUAAAGACCAGGUAUACUUGGAUGGUAUUCUACAAAUCCUCCGAUACAGAGAGACCAUUGACUUUCAUCUUCUGACCGCCCUGGGGAAGGUCUCUUACGAAGAUGUGGAUCGCUUGAAAGGAUUGGCAGUUAUUGAAAACAUGAGGGUCCCUCAUUUCCUGCAGGACCAUGGCCGAUACAUGGAACAUUUAGAGAAGAUUAUGGAAGUGAAUGAACUGACUGACAGGGAACUGAAAGAUCUUAUAUAUUAGUCUGCGUUCUGGCAGAUGUAGCUAAGCUAUACCUCUGUGUAUGUUAGCACCGGCAUAUUGAUAAAAGAAAAAUGACUGUUUACAUGACUUUUCUAAAGAACGAUCUGCAGUAUUCAACUGAAUUUUUUAAAAAGGUUAAAUACAAACCUUAAACGUUUCUAUAGGCUGCAGGGGGAAGUUCCUCCUAUUUUUAUCUGAAUCUCAACAGCAUCCACUGAAAAUACUACUGGUGAGUGUUUUUGAAGAAUCUUGGCCAAAUCAAGUGAUAGGCUGUGUGGGCAGUAAGCACUGCUCCUUAGUGCUUCUGCCUGAGCACCAAGACUAGCCCCAACUAUAGAGAUAGGACAACACUGGACUUCAGACUCCCAAGAUUAUAUUUUAUUUGAUAAGUGAUUAUAGUUCUCCUUUGAAAAAUUAGUUUUGUUUUGCUCCCCAAAGCUAGCUGUAUCUAAGGUUUCUUAUUUCUCUUAUAUGUUAAGUAAUGUUAAAAAGGGGAAAGGUAGUUUGAAAAGUUUUCAUUAGUUCUUUAUCUUCCACAUUGUUUCACCUUAUCAGUUUAUAGGAACUAGAGAAUUACCUCAUUUUGUCCAGUUAUUUCUCAACUAAACUUUAUUUGCUGAAACAUUAUAUACCUUCAAGAUUUUAAGUUUUAGGGUCUUUCCCUCCCCAUUCCUUUAUAUAAAUGAUAAGUAAAAGUUCCAGAAAGGUUUGUCUACAUAAAUUAAAACAGUUGGGGAAGAGAGAAGCUACUCCCCUUUUUAUUAAAUGGAGCGACUAGCAAGAUACAAAUAGAUUAAUGUAGUUCUUGGAGGCACCGGAUACUGACUAGGUAGUGUCUACCAUAAACUUGA